GCGCGCUCCGCGGACGGGUUUAUAGGGCACCGGAAGGCGCGGGCCGCCGUCCGCGCUGCCUCUCCGGCCCCAGCCCGCCCGGCCCCGCGGCCCUGGCGUGACGCCCGCAGCUGCCGCCCGCACUCGGGAGCCUCUCGCGGCCGUGCGGUGCGCCCGCGUCGCAUCCGGUAGUUACCGGCCCGCCGGCUAUGGCCGCCGCGGGGGGCGCCCGGCUUCUGCGCGCCUCCUCCGCGGCCCUGGGCGGCGCGGCCCGGCGGUGGCUGCUGGUCGCCGGGGCCCGCGUGGGAGCCGGCGGCCUCCCGGGGAGCCCGGCGCCGGGCGGCGGCGCGGCGAGGCGGCCGCUGAGCCUGUCGGCCCCGGCGCGUUGCAGCUCAGAAGAUAAAAUAACAGUCCACUUUUUAAACCGUGACGGUGAAAUAUUAACAACCAAAGGAAAAAUCGGUGACUCUCUGCUAGAUGUUGUGAUUGAAAAUAAUCUAGAUAUUGAUGGUUUUGGUGCAUGUGAGGGAACCUUGGCUUGCUCUACCUGCCACCUCAUCUUUGAAAAGCACAUAUACGAGAAAUUAGAAGCAAUCACUGAUGAGGAGAAUGACAUGCUUGAUCUGGCGUACGGGCUAACAGAUAGAUCCCGGUUGGGCUGCCAAAUCUGUUUGACAAAGUCUAUGGACAAAAUGACUGUUCAAGUACCGGAUGCCAUGUCUGAUGCCAGACAAUCCAUUGAUAUGGGCAAGACCUCCUAAGAUAGAAUAAAUGGGAAUAUUUUCACAAAAUUUUA